AUGUUCGGAAAAUUGUGUCUUCUAAUUAAUAUUCUGACAGUUUGGGCUGUGAGCGCCGUGCUCGGCCAGCAGAACGAUGCGGGUGUGAUGAUGGUAACGAAAUUGUGCAACUUUGAUAAACCACUGAAAGAUCCGACGGAGGAAACCGGCAGCUCCUAUUGCGACUGUGACGUAGAAAAUUCACCCCCAUGGGGCAUACCAGUAGUGAUAAUAAACUGCCAGGACCAGCGUCUGCAAAACGAUAUCUUUCAAGCGGAAAACCUCACCCAAGGCACUGUCAAACUGGAUAUGUCCUACAACAAAUUUACGUCCGUUCCGUUCUUCGUGGGCAAUAAAUUAAAAUACCUUAGUCUACGUGAUAACGCGAUAACGGAGUUAAAAGAUAAGAACUUUGCUUAUACCACCAGUUUGCUGGAACUUGACUUGAGUGAAAAUAAAAUUGAAAACAUCGAGAGCGAUGCAUUUCUUGGGCUAAACUUACUGCGUAAACUAAAUCUAAUGGAAAACCACAUCAAAACAAUUCAAGUGAAUACAUUCUCGACGCUUUUGCAUCUGGAGCAUCUGAUAAUUUCCAGUAAUCCACUUGGAGACUUUCUCAACUCUUCGGAAACCGAUAUCUUUUUGAAACUUGGUGUUACACCACGCCUUGCAGUCAUCGAGUUGGAAAACUGUAGCUUGACGAAUGUUGACCUGUCAAAUGGAAUUGGAUUAGACAACAUAAUCCUUCGCUCGAAUCAGUUACUUCAAAUCGAAAAAUUGCCAAAAGCCGUAUCACAUCUGGAUAUCAGUGAUAAUCCAAUCCGCUUAAUGACUGCCAAAUUUUUGCCACAUCUUUUCAAUUUGCAAACCCUCACCAUGGAGGAUAUGCCAAAUCUGUACAAAUUGGACGAAUACUCGCUUUAUGGUUUGCCUCGAUUGUCUCGUUUGAAUUUGCAAGGCUCCCGAAAUUUAACAACCCUACAUCCACACGCUUUCGGAGUAAAUGUCGUGCUCAACGAAACCGAUACCAUGCUAGAGCAGCUUAUCCUUAAAGGAACCAGCAUCCGAACUUUAAACUCGUCUCUGCAGUUCGCAUUUGAAAAUCUGAAAGUUCUAGAUUUAGCUGGAACACCACUGAACUGUGACUGUCAGCUUCGUUGGCUGAAAAACUUGAACGUUACUACACAUGCUUCAACCUGUUCGAAGCCUCCUUCCCUACGGGGUCAGCAACUGGACGACAUCGACGUCAGCCAGCUGCAGUGCAAAGUGGAAAAGUCCUGGAUCUACACCUUGUUCAAUGUGAUGCUGGUGAUACUGCUAAUCGUUCUAAUCAUUGUCGCUUGCUAUCUGGUGUACGUCGCAAUCCGUCCACGGCAACAGGUCCAACUGAGGAAGCUCGGUGCCAACAGUCCGUACGCACGAGUUACGAUAGAACCGAAUCGGGCGGAAAAUCUUUAA